AUGACCGAACAGGAAGUCGUGUCACGCUCGUCGAGCACGCUCUCGCGCUUUGCUCACAAGUUCACGUCGCCGCUGAAGUCAACAUCAGCCAGUCCGACUGUUUCCACCCAUACCAAGACGACAGUCUACGAGAAGAAGUCACCCACCUCGAGCUCCACCAGCCAGUCUAGCAAAUCUAGCAAGUCCAGCACAGGGCGCAGCCCAGCACGGAGCGGCGAGCUGAAGCGCCAAGAACGCGGCGAGAAACUUCUGCGCCGACAGGAAGAAGAGCGCCAGCUUGAGGAACGUCGCAGAAGAGAAUAUGAAGAAGCCCGCCGCGCCGAAGACGACGAAACCCGCGCCCGCUAUGGCGAGGGCGACGAGACAGAAUACCCGACCGAGUUGACGACCAUAGGCGAGGCCGUCAAGCUGGACGUCGGCACCAAGGUGACGUUCCGCGCAAGAAUCCACACCCAGCGCAACAUCUCGAAGCACCUCGACUUCAUCCUCUUCCGCGACCAGACCGACACGAUUCAGGGAGUCCUGGCGGACACAACGCCCAACAUGGUCAAAUGGGUCCAGCGAUUGCACCCGGAGUCUAUCGUCCAGGUGUCUGGCACUCUGCAGAAGCCGCUACAAAAUGUCAAGUCGGCACACUAUCACGAUAUCGAGGUGGACGUUCACUCUAUCCACCUGCUCAACCCCGCCAAAGCCCCUCCGUUCAGCAACUACCUACCCCCGGACAGCAUGAACUUCCGCAUGAACAACCGUAUCCUCGACCUGAGGCACCCCAGCAAUCAGGCGCUUUUCCGUGUGCGCGCUAUGAUAACGCGCAAGUUCCGCGAAACGCUCGACAACAGCGGUUUCAUCGAGAUCCAGACUCCCAAGCUGCAGCCCGCCGCCACCGAGAGCGGUGCCGAAGUCUUUAAGCUCAACUACUUCGGAAGGCGAGCUUUCUUGGCACAGAGCCCCCAGCUGGCCAAGCAGAUGGCCAUCUCUGCCGACUUUGGCAAGGUGUAUGAGAUCGGCCCCGUGUUCCGCGCCGAAAACUCCAACACCCACCGCCACUUGACCGAGUAUACCGGCCUUGACAUCGAAAUGAAGAUUCACAAGCACUACCACGAGAUCAUCAAAGUUCUCGAUCAGACCUUGAAGAACAUUUUCGCCGCUGUCCACUCGAUGCCUGAGCUUAAGAUUAUCCGCGAGCGCUUCCCAAGCGAAGACCUCGUAUGGUUGGACGAGACUCCCAUCAUCCCCUUCCCCGAGGGUUUGCAGAUGCUGCGCGACGAUGGCCGCGACGUCGCAGACGAAGAUCUCUCAACGCCCGACGAGAUUCGCCUGGGCGAAUUGGUCAAAGAAAAGUACGGUACCGAUUACUACAUCCUCGACAAGUUCCCCGCCAAUGCUCGCCCGUUCUAUACCCACAAGGCCGAGGACCCCUUCUGGACCAACUCGUUCGACAUCUUCGUCCGUGGCCAGGAGAUUUGCACGGGCGGCCAGCGUAUCAACGACCCCGAGGAAUUGCGCAAGAACAUGGCAGAGAAGGGCAUCUCGGAGGACGACAUGGCCGAAUACCUGACGGCUUUCGACCUCGGUGCUCCCCCACACGGCGGUGCCGGACUCGGACUGGAUCGUGUUGUGUUCCUGCUCCUCAACCUGGGUGACGUUCGAUACGGUACCCUGUUCUACCGCGACCCAAAGUCCCUGCCCUCGCGCUCUUUCAGCCUGCCGCACCCGGCCGCCGACACCACCAAGGCAUGGGCCGGCAAGGAGUUGCCACCGCUGGAGGAGCUGAUUGCCAACUACGGCGACGCCUCCAACACGUCGUGGCUCGACGAGCGGUUCGAGAUCUGGCGCCACGGAAGCGGUGCCGCGGUCGGUUAUGUCAAGCAGGGCAAGUUCGCCAUGAUCACCGGAGACCCGCUCUGCGAUCGGGGCCAAUACGAGGAGGUCAUCCCGGCGUUUGUUGAGUUUGUCACCAAGGAACUCAAACUGACGCCCGUGUGGAUGCUGGUGUCCAACAAGGUGCAGGAGAUACUCGGACGCCGCAUCGGCUGGCGCACCAUGAGCUGCACCGUCGAGCAGCGGGCUGACGCAGACCAACAUACGACGCCCGACGGCCGUGCCGCUAGGAGGGUCAAGCGAGAGGGCAUCAAGGUCCACGAGCUCAAGCCCGAUGAGGACUUUAUGAGACGCGCCGACCAGUCCAUCGAGGCAUGGAAAGAGAAGCGCAAGGGCAAGAAGCAGGUCCAUCUCACCGAGAUCCGGCCCUGGAUCGACCAAGCCCACCGACGCUACUUCGCCGCCGAGAAGGACGGCAAGGUUCUGUGCAUGGUCGUCCUCGCACAGCUCGCGCCCAGGCACGGUUGGCAGGUCAAGUGGGCGCUCGACUUCCCCGACGCGCCCAACGGCACCAUCGAGGUGCUUGUCGAGUAUGCCUUGUCAUGCAUCUCGGGCCCCGUGACUUUUGGCGUUGGUGUCAGCGACCGGUUCGUCCCCGGCGAGCACCUCCACGGCGUCCGGGCCAAAUUCCUAAGCAAGACGUACGCCGGCAUUGUCAAGAGCCUCGGGCUUGGAAAGAAGGCCGAAUUUCGAGACAAGUUUGGCGUCCUCGGCGAGCAGGUAUACAUCUGCUAUCCGCGCCGUGGCGUCACGCUCUUCGACCUCAAGGAGAUUGUCAAGUUCUUCACAGAUGAAGAACAGGCUAAAUAA